AUGGGAGAUACUCAAAGCACCUCAAAUAAUGUUUCAAGUGUAAAACCAACUACCACACCAAGCGAAAACAAUUCACAAAAAACAACAAAUGAAGGUAACCAAAUCACUGAGAUGAUGAAAAAAGAUGAAGAAGAGUGUGUAAAAAUGAUGGAAGAAGAACAUAAAACAAACUUUACUGCUUCGGAUGAAGAAAAAGAAAAGCAAGAAGUUAUGAAAAAGAUGGAAGAAACAAAAAAUGAAGAAGGGGAUUUAGGAUAUUUUACACCAGUACUCACACCAGAAUUAAGUCCUGAACAUCCUCCACGUUUUUCUAUUACUAAAGCACCUGCAUUAUCAGAAAUGGAGCUAGAAAAUAAAAAAAGUGAAUUAUCACUUGAUGUAAAUAAAACAAUUGACAUAGAAGUUGGAGAAGAAACAUUAAAAGUACCUGUUGAAAAAGAUAAUGAUGACAAAGAAACAUCACAAAUUAUUGAAGAAAUGAAAGAAGAAACCCAGGAAUUAAACAAACAACUACCAGAAGAAAUCAAAAAGAAUGAACCUGUUAUUUGUAUUGGAGAAGAAAAAUUAAAAGAACAACAACUAUUUAAUGACAAUGGAGAAAAAGUUCUUGUCAAUGAAAAAAGAAUAGAGCCAACAGAAAAUGGAAUUUGUGAAGAACAUAAGAUUGUUAAAACACAAAAUGAUGAAAAUAAAAAAGCUCUUAUUAUGAAACAAGAAGAAAAAAAGGAAGAAACAAAAGAUGGAAUUCAAAAGAAAAGUGAAAGUACAAAGGAAGUUAAUAUAAGUGCUAGUAAAGAAGGAAUUGUAAUGAUGAAACAAUUAUCUCAAACUAUAGAACAAUUAAGUACAAAUAAACCUAUGGAAGAAGAAACAAAAGAAAAUGAUAAUAAAGAAAAUAAAUCAGAAGAUGAGUUAGAGUGUAUUAACACUAAAGAUUUUAUUAAUAAAAUGGAUAUGAAUGAAAUUAAUAACCAAAUUGAACUCAUGGAUGAUCAAGAAGGAAAUACUCCUUUUGAUUUAUUAAACCAAACUGAUAGUGAUGAUUCUUUCUUUGAUAAUGAUGAUGAAUUCUUUUCAGAUAGUUUAUUUGGUGAUGACUUUUUUGAAGACGAUGAUAUUUUCGGUGCACUCCAUUCAAUUUGGUCAUCAAAGAAAAAGAAAAAAGAAGUGCCAAUGAUAGAAGAAGGAUUUAAACAUCCAAAAGAACUUCAACAAAAGAGAUCUAAAAAAGAAAGAAGAGUUAUUACUAUUAUUACACCAAUUAAUGCUAAAGAUAUAAAAAAACAAAAUGAAUCAAAGCCAAAGAAAGGUUGUGAAAAUAAAAAGAAGAUUGUAAAAAGAACCAGAAGAGUUACUUCAGUUCAGGAGUUAUUGGAUUGA